AUGGCUGAAGCACUUAGUAUGUUCGACAGUAGUGAGGACGAAAGCGAUUUUGAGGGGUUUUUAAUCGACGAAACGGUUGAAGAAACACGGCCUAUCGCAGCGGGAACAUCGGCGGUUUCGUGGAGAGACAUAGCGGGCGAUUCGGACGACGAUGAAGAGGACUUUCACGGUUUUUCUGACAUCGAAGUUCAAGAACUCGACAGCGAUAGUGUGAGCGAAAGUGGAAGCGAGAUAAGUAACGAUAGUUUUGAUGGUAUUUUUGAAUGGAAAGAUAAUUUAAGUAGUGUUAGUGUUGAAGACUUUGCUGCCGACUUUGGUCCUCGACAUGGCUUGGGUUUAGACGCUUCCCCUAAGGACUUUUUCGACUUGUUUUUCGGCGAUGCGUUUUUCGAUCUCAUUGUGCAUGCUACAAUUUCGUACGCCCGUUCAAAAUGCAACGAUCCAAAUUUUACAACCGACGCGACGAAAUGUCUGCAUUUUUUGGCUUGA